GGGUCUAGCCAUCGGCUCUGCUCCAUUAGUGCGUCCGAGACGGCGUCGUCAGCAGCCAUCGCUAGUUCGCUACUCAUCGUGAUUCUCUGGCCGCCGCCGAAGUUGUUGAAGACGCCAUGGCACGGCCGGUCGGGGGAGGCGUCAGCCCUCAACCUGCCGCACCACCGGCAGCAAGAGGCGGCCAGCCGCGACAUCGGCCGGGGAGGGCGCCGCCCCCUCACCCCGUCAUGGGUCGCCAACUGCCGCCCCUGUGCGUCUGCCAUGGGUCGCCAACCCCCACGAGCCCGUCCUUGUCCUCUCUCCGCUGCCUCAAUCGCACCAUCCAUGGCGUACGCAAGCUCGCGGCUUGGGAAGACAAGAUUCUUUGUGCGGCGGACGCAUCUUUUGGAAGACGACCCCAACCAACAGAGGAAUUUUUUGACGUAGUAGCUCAAUCUGAAAGUGAAUCAGAUGGUUCUGUCAAAAAUAUUUCAGAUGCCUCUCGCAUGGAUAGCAAUAGCGGUCACUCAUCAGAUGGCUCAGAUGGACCCAGGGACCAACCACAGAUGCAUAUGUUCACGGCUUAGAUGAGUCUAAUACAAAGGUAAGUAUGUCAGAGCUAGCAAAGACCGUGGCAGGUAGAGUUAAAGGAACUACAAGGAAGAGGAAAGUCCCAAGUUCUCUUCGGUCACCAAUAACGACUUUCAAUGCUGUGAAAAAAAGGAGGGGUACUGACGCGAGUCCAAUAAAAAAAGGUGAACAUAUCUUUUGUAUAUCUUGUGUUGACACCGUUUUUGGGCACGUGUCCAGGAUGGCAAGACAGGGUGGCAGUAUGAUAUGGGUUGCUGGUAAGGAUGGUUGCCGAUGAGGGAGGAGUUGAUUGUGACUAAGUCCUCAGACAGUAGCAUGGUACCGAUGACCGAGUAAAAGGGACUGCCGAUGACUAUGGCGGGGGGAUUGCCGAUGACGCAAAGGAGGAGUCCGGAAGUUGCCAGUUGUCAUGUGGAGGAGUUUCGGUUUGUCACGA